GAAAUAAUGUGGUAGCAUCCACAACUCACAAUUGGUAUCCCAUCAAAGUCCAAAUGGACAGUUUGAAAGGAGAACGGUAUGAUAGAUGAACUGUGUCAAGAUUUAGAACAUGCACCUUAGAUGACAUAAAGUGGCAGACGUUGCAAAUUAUUGGAUAUGAAAAGAUAUAGAAUGUGUGACAACUAUUCCUCUAUAUUGUGCUGAAUAAAUACACCAAAUUUCUGGAGCAAAUUGGGCUGGGAAGCUCCAUGGCGCUCACAAUAUGCACUCAUUCUAAUUUCAUAUUGAAACAACGUGUAAACCACAUUGGAAACAUACGACCAGUUGGCAAGAAACAUGUUGCAAAAGUUGGUGGUGGAAAUGAGUUGAGCACAAUGGAGAAAGAGACGGUGAGGUUGGGAGCAUCAGAAUUAGAGGUCACCAAGCUUGGCAUUGGCGCCUGGUCAUGGGGUGACACCACUUUUUGGAACGAUUUUAGCUGGGAUGACCGUAAGAUGAAGGCAGCCAAGGCAGCUUUCAAUGCUAGUGUAGAUGCAGGCAUAACACUUUUUGAUACUGCAGAGGUGUACGGUUCCAAGCUGGCGUUUGGUGCGGAGAAUUCAGAAACUCUGUUAGGAGGAUUCAUCAAAGAAAGGAAGAAAAGAGAUCCAACAGAUAUAGUAGUUGCAACAAAAUUUGCAGCUUUACCUUGGAGAUUCGGUAGAGGCAGUGUUAUCUCAGCCCUCAAAGACUCACUGAACCGUCUAGGCCUUUCUUCAGUAGAUCUCUACCAGCUGCAUUGGCCAGGAGUUUGGGGAAAUGAAGGAUACAUCGAUGGUCUGGGAGAUGCUGUUGAAAUGGGCCUUGUCAAGGCUGUUGGGGUAUCAAAUUAUAGUGAAGAAAGGCUUCGGAAAGCACAUGCCCAGUUACAGAAAAGAGGGAUUCCACUAGCUUCAAAUCAAGUAAAUUACAGCCUGAUAUACAGAGCACCAGAAGAGAAUGGUGUUAAGGCAGCAUGCAAUGACUUGGGCAUUACUCUGAUUGCAUAUUCUCCAAUUGGUCAAGGUGUUUUGAGUGGAAAGUAUACACCUGAGAAUCCUCCAAGUGGUCCACGGGGUCAAAUCUACAACAAGGAUUUCCUUACAAAACUCAAACCUCUUCUAGAUCAACUCAAAACAAUUGGAGAAAAAUAUGGCAAGACUUCUAUACAGGUUGCACUUAACUGGCUAAUGGCCCAGGGAAAUGUUGUGCCCAUUCCAGGAGCCAAAACACCAGAGCAGGCACAAGAAUUUGGUGGAGCUCUUGGGUGGUGCUUAACACAAGAGGAAGUGAAGGAACUUCGAGAUGUUGCUUCAAAACUCAGACCAGUACAAGGUUUUCCUGUGGAGAAAUUAUAAGAAUCUGUACUGUCCAGAUAAAAGCAUAACAUUAUUUUUUACUCUUAUACUUGAUAAAUGGAGUGUAGUUUUUUUUUGAGGCUGAUGUAAGUCCUAUCACAAACUCAAUCUUUGUCCUCUGCUUGUAUACAUAGAUUCCAGGCAAAUUAACUUCUCACCUGUCGUGUGCCGGUUGGGUUUCUUAUGAGCCUAUCACCUCUCAUUAUUUGAGGGUUCUACUGUAGUUAUGUUUCAUGGCCACAGGUCACAGUUAGCCAGAAUGUAUUUACUUCAGAGACCAAUGUUCAUUCUAAACCAUACUCCACCAUUGCUUUUAGUGCUUUUGGAUUUAUCUGUGUAAACAUUUUUUAUCAGUGAUCCAUCAUCAGGGCGAGGAAAGAACAGAUGGAUCACUGAGAAUAAUCCAAAAUGUUGAUACAAAAGUCCUAACACGGUUAAAUCC